AUGUUAUUGUAAAUAAAUUUUGGAAUUUGGUAGAUGCAAAUAAAGUUCGAUUGAUUAAAAUGAGUUUAUUGAAAUCCGAACUCAACAGUUUACUGACAUCCGUUCCGGAUUACAUUCAAAAAGUCAAGUGCGAUGCAACUGAAAAGACUCCGCCAUUUAAAUGCGCAGUCAAAACAUGUUUCAAUAGCUUCUUACGAUACAAAGACCACAUUAAUUGCCCCUACAAGUUUCAUAAAUUCCCAGUCACCAACAAAUCCCUUUGUAACGUAUGGAAAUUAAAGUGCGGUUUAAAUAGAACGGACGAUGUGGAGAAAUUAAUGGUUUGUUCAGAUCACUUCAGCUUGGACGAUUACUUGAGAAACUACAAAGAAGAAUUCACGAAUCCCAAUUUUAAAAGAACAUUGAAACCCACUGUAUAUCCCAAUUUAAAAUUAGGUAAACUAGAGAAGCCGGAAGACAAUAUUAAUUCAAAUGAAGAGUCUCAGAUGGAAACGAACACAGACUCGCCUGAAUCCGAGGAAGAUGAAAGUCAACGAGAAUUCCUUAACGAAGUGCGCAAAGAAGUAGACUAUAACAAGGAAUUAACCGAGAAACUCGAUACAUUACAGAAGAAAUUAAACAAGCUUCAGUCAACAUCAAAACACUUGAGUGCUAAGCAACGUAAAGUGAUAAUUAAUAAGAAAGCUGAGGAUUUAAGAGUGUUGAAAAAAUUCUUCAGCGAUACACAAAUUAAGUUAUUAAUGGGUCAGGAAGCAACCUGGACGAACGAUGAUCUAGCCAGAGCGUUUACGAUUAGACAUAUGGGCUCAAAAAAGUGCUAUUUGUAUAUGAAGAAUACACUCAAUAUACCUUUACCAUCACUUUCUUGCUUGCAAAAAUGGGCAAAUUCGUAACAGUAAUUAUAUCAAAACACCUUUAUUAUUUAAUAUAUGUAUAAUACGUUACAAAAGUAUGACUUAUGUUCAAAAAUUAAGAAUUGAUUACUGGAACUUUUCCAGUAAAUUUAGAUAACUGAAAUGUAUAGCUCUAUUAACGACGUCGUGUAUAAUUUUUAUACAAAAAAAAUGUACAUUUAAUAACUAAGAUGCAAUAAAUUAAUUAUACUGCAUAUAUUUCGAUGAAAGAAAUAUUUAAACAAACCCUAGAUAUCCAUUUAACACAAAUUUUAACUCGUCAUAUUCUUAACGUACAGGUACACUUAACAUAGUCACAGCACAUUUAAUCACAAAAUUGGACGAAUUUUAAAUUUUGAGCAUUUUCACGAGGGCCUAAUAGACAUUUAAAGCCGCACUAUGUGAUGUGCUUCGAAAAUCUAUUCAUUUUAAACUGUAGAAUUUUGAUGAAAUUGUGAAAAUGCUCUAAAAUCUUAUACAACUACUAUCUACUAUAUUGAAUAUACUGUUCGAUAUGUGCUUAAUUUCAACAGAGUGAAAAACUGAAAUUUCAAAUUAUAUUAAUCGUAUCCGUCUCUUCCUAUUAACUUAAAAAUAACUCCACUAAAUUUACAGCUUUAUAGUACAUUUGGAAUAUUCAGUCAUAUUAAAUUAUUAAAAUAUACUAAGUAACUAAUUUAGUUACUUUUAUGGUAUAGACAACUUGAUUUAGUAACUUGUGCAAGUACCUAAUUUAGUAAACGACUAAAUCAAGUUGUCCACACCAUCCAAGUAACCAAAUUUAGUUACUUGAUUUAGUAACUUUUGCUUUAGCUACUCGAUAGUGUAUCCGCGCCUUUAAACAAAGUCAUUAAAGUUUUUCAUUAUUAAAAAUACAUGCAAGUGCGUUAAUUCAGCAACGUGCAGAAUUAACGCUUGCUCUGUUAGUAAAUAUUUCUCUAUUAAUCACAUAAUAACAGUUUUUAUAAAUAUUAAUCUAGGUUAUUAGAGCCCAUGAAACAAGUACUCGAAACAUUUAUACACACACAUUGAGCUUACCCUGCAACAGUUUGAGUAACGAAUAAUUACAUAUUAGCAUUGUCAAGGUUUCAGUUAAACAAGAGAAUAGCAUUACCAACACGCUAACAGUCGGCUAGUCGAUCACAUCAAUAAAUAUUCUUGAGACUCUCAAUAAAAAAACCAACAAUCGUAAGAAAUAAACGAAGUUAAAGACUGAUAUAAUCAACGACGUAACUGGGAAAAUACUCUCCAUCGAAAUACUUAACAAAGGUUUCGCCGUUGUGACACUGGACGGUAUCAAAUCCGUAGUCUGGCAAGAACACGUUGCCUUCGACUUGCUGUACGUUCUGCGUGAGCACUUCGGCGAUAAACAUGGACCGGAAUGUUCCGUUGGUUUUCGAUGAAUGUUUGUUGGCAAGCUGCGGGCUCGUGGAGAAAUAUACCCCCGGCCCGAACAUGAAUCUCUCCCCGUAACGCCAAUCGAAAUUGUACUUGGCGAUGCUGAUGACGUUCUCCCUAGCCGUGUCGUGGUAAAGGGAUAGUAUGUUGUAGGGGCCCUUUUGUUCGAAGUCGUACAUUUUUAAGCGAAAUUUGGAAAACAACGUAGGGUUCUGUACCCUGUAAAUACCCUGAAUGCAAUUGUAAUAUAUGCCGACGUUCAUUAGGUCGAAUACUCGAUGAUAUUCCGAGCUGUAGUGCGGUAAAUUCGUUAAUUUGUAUUGUUGGAAAUUUAGGUUCAUUGGGUCCCAAUGUUUGGGUAGUAUGUAGCUCACUUCUUGAAUUAACAUGUCCUAAAAAUCAUGAAAGUAUUUAUCGUCAUGACAACAUUGAAUAAAAUAUUAACUAAUACGUUUAUUUGUAAACCUUUGAAGUUAUUUCGCGUAUUGGUUUAUCCUUUGUUUUUGACUUGUUGCUUCAACGUGAAAAUUAAAUCAUAAAUUCAAUUCACCAUUAGAAUCUAACCGGUAUGACAAUU